AUGCCUCCCAAGAAGGUUGUCCAGGAGGAGAAAAUUCUCCUUGGCCGACCUGGGAAUAACUUGAAGAGUGGAAUUGUUGGUCUUGCGAAUGUCGGCAAAUCCACAUUGUUUCAGGCCAUCACAAAAUGCAACCUUGGCAACCCAGCUAACUUCCCCUAUGCCACGAUUGAUCCUGAAGAAGCUCGUGUCAUUGUGCCCGACGCAAGAUUUGACUGGCUAUGCGAGAAAUAUAAGCCCAAGUCACAGGUUCCUGCCAACUUGACGGUGUAUGAUAUUGCUGGACUCACGCGCGGCUCAUCCACCGGAGCUGGUCUCGGAAAUGCUUUCUUGUCGCACAUUCGCGCCGUAGACGCCAUUUUCCAGGUUGUUCGAUGCUUCGAUGAUGCUGAAAUUAUUCAUAUCGAGGGUGACGUUAAUCCCACCCGAGACUUGGAUAUUAUCAGCGAGGAGCUGAGACUCAAAGACAUUGAGUUUGUCGAGAAGGCGCUGGAGAACCAGAAGAAGAAGACCCGCAUGGGCGGCCAAAGCCUGGAGCUCAAGAAGGCUAAGCUGGAACAAGAUAUCAUUGAGAAGAUAUUGGCCUGGCUGCAAGAUGGCAAGGAUGUCCGUAAAGGUGUCUGGGGUCCUAAAGAGGUUGAGGUUAUCAACCCUCUGUUUCUAUUGACGGCCAAACCCGUGGUCUAUCUCGUGAAUCUGUCCGAAAAGGACUAUGUCCGCAAGAAGAAUAAGCAUCUCCCAAAGAUUGUCGAGUGGGUCAAAGAACAUGCCACUGGUGAUCCAAUUAUUCCCAUCUCUGUGUGUUAUGAAGAGCGCUUGACGCGCUAUGAGACUGAGGAGGAGUCCAGGGAGGAACAAAAGAAUGUUGGGGCCGAGUCCGCGCUCCCCAAGAUCAUCACGCAGAUGCGCAAGACGCUUCAGCUGGGUAGUUUCUUCACAUCUGGCGCAGAUGAGGUCCGUCAAUGGACUAUCCGCACUGGCACGAAAGCACCACAAGCUGCUGGUGUCAUCCACACAGAUUUUGAGAAGACCUUUAUCCAGGCUAUCGUUUACAACUUUGAUACAUUGAAGGAGCUCGGCGAUGAAAGCGAGGUAAAGGCGAAAGGAAAGAUGAUGACCAAAGGGAAGGACACCACAACGGCGGUCACGCCCCUCAACCUCAUCCUCCUGAGCGUUCUCGUCUACACGGCGCUGUCGACCCUCUCACGCUCAAACACGACGGACCCGAUCCCCCGAGGCCCACCGCCAAAGGUCUUCCGCACCUACACCCCACGGACGCUGCUGCCGUUCAACGGCGAAAACGACAAGCCCAUCUUCUUUGCCGUCCGCGGCCGCGUAUUCGACGUCAGUAACGGGCGCAGCUUCUACGGCCCUGGCGGCCCGUACUCCAACUUCGCCGGCCGCGAUGCCAGUCGUGGUCUGGCCUGCCACAGCUUCGACACGGAUAUGCUGACGGAGGACCUGGACGGCCCGCUGGACACGCUGGACGGUCUCGGACCCAGUGAGAUGGAGGCUUUGCAGGGCUGGGAGGAGACGUUUUGCGGCAAAUACGACAUUGUUGGCAACCUUGUGUCUGUUGCGGACUACCAUGCUGGCAAGGCGGGUGGCGCGCAGUAG